AUGCGCAAUCGUUUGCGAAAUGCUGUGAUCGGUCCGACCGCGACCAAAGCAUCAGUGCUUGAAACAUUGGAAUAUUUGGGCACUCAUUUAGCAGCACAUUCACCAUCCGAACGUGCUGCAUCCGCAUACUGUCUCACAUUACUUCUCAAUCGCGACACGAACAUCCAGGCAUCACCAGUUGCAACGAACGCAACUCCCGCUUGCAGCCUUCAGAAUAUUGCAUUUUUCACUGAACUGAAGCAUCGAAUUUGCGUUCUUAUCUCGCAGGCGUGCUCCGUUGAAACAGAUUUGGAUCGUGCAUCGGAUUAUCUCUCAUUUCUGUUCGAACAUGCCGAUUCCAAGAAUUUGCACUUGGUUGCGCAUCACAUUUCGUGUAUGGUUGAACGCCUGAAAGAUGGUACAGAAACAGAUAACAUUCGUAUAAAUGCAGUGUGCUUCUAUGAGAGAUAUGUCCGAGAUGUUGAGCAAAAUGAGGCCGAAUGGACAGAGGAACUGGCAGCAUAUUUGCCUGAAAAUGUAAAAAAAGUGACAGUUUGCAUCGAACAGCCACAGGAGAGAUAUGUCCGAGAUGUUGAGCAAAAUGAGGCCGAAUGGACGGAGGAACUGGCAGCACAUUUGCCUGAAAAUGUGAAAAAAGUGACAGUUUGCAUCGAACAGCCACACGAGGCGCAGCGUUCAUUGACGAUGAUUUCAACGGCUGUAAGCGGUAUGCUACAGUUACUGUGUAGCCAGUGGAAAGAGGCUGAUCAAAUGGCUUUACGAGUUCUGCUCGAUCUCUGGUUUCCAUCCUCUGGGAAAAGGCCUAAGGUUCUCAAUGCCGAAGGAGUUGAACUCUUACCUAUGUGGCUAAAGUUAAAAAUGUUGCGCACCGAGGACGAUCGAAUCGUUCGCCGUUCAUUGACGAUGAUUUCAACGGCUGUAAGCGGUAUGCUACAGUUACUGUGUAGCCAGUGGAAAGAGGCUGAUCAAAUGGCUUUACGAGUUCUGCUCGAUCUCUGGUUUCCAUCCUCUGGGAAAAGACCUAAGGUUCUCAAUGCCGAAGGAGUUGAACUCUUACCCAUGUGGCUGAAGUUAAAAAUGUUACGCACCGAGGACGAUCGAAUUGUUCGUGUUGCAAUGGACGAUUUGAAAAUGAAUGAUGCACUGAAAUUUGUUCAGUCAUUUGCAUUAACUUCAUACAGCUGCACGAAACUUCUGGCAAUUCUUGAUGCUGAUGAAACACCUCUGGAAGGCGAAUUUCUUCAGGAAGCCAAAAAGGCGGCAGUGUUUGUUAAGGGUUACAGAUUACGAGGCGCAAAAGGUGGCGAAAAGGUAUUUCUCCACGUCGUUAAUGAGGUGGUAAAUAACUACAAAAGGCAGAGAACAGCUUUCCAGACAACUCCUUGUUUGUUAAUGAAUUUGCCGAAAAUAAACUGGGCAGUGGCCUUGUCUAUGGUUUAG